AUGAGUAUCCCACUCAAAUACUCAAUUCCGUCAUCAUCUUAUCAAAUAAUAUGUCCUGGAAAGAGUACAAGUGUUCCAUUUAAGUCAAAUACGAAAGUCGAAACACGAAUCUCUUUAGUUUCAGACAAUUCUUUCGAAACAACAGAAAUCGCACCGAAAUCACCAAAGCAACAAACCCUAAGCCGAAUUUCCAAAAGUAAUUUAAGCCAAACACAAAAUGAUUCCUCAAUUUCAAAGCAACGAUCUUCAAAAAUAAUAUUAACAGACAAGUUUAAAAUUUAUACAGAAUCUUUCUCAAUCAUUGGAGCAGAGCUUAAUUUCUACGAGAAAUACAUGAAAAAUAUGGUCGUCGAAGAGGAAGAAGAAUAUAAUGAAGAAGAGCAAGAAAUGGAAGAAGAUAUUGCCAAUGAGGAGGAAGGAAACAAUGAAUUACCAGAGAAUGAUGGAUCAGAUAAGGAAAAUUUGCAAGAAAAUAAUAAUACGGAAAAUAAAGAAAAAGAAAAUCAGAAUUCUGAAGAGGAAGAACAAAAAGAAGGCGAAAAUACGAAUAAAUCAUUAAACAAUGAUCACAAAUCUCAAGAUAAUGACAAAAAAUCAAAUAAUGAGGAAAAGGAAGUUCAGAAGGAGGCCAAAACUGAUACUCCUGACAAAAAAGAAGAGGAAGAUCAAAAGGAAGACAACAAAGAUACUCAACAAGAAAAAUUAGAAAAUAAGAACGUAAGAAAUGAUCAAAAAGUAGAAUCUGGUCAAAAGAACCAAAAUUCAAUUCCGAAAAGUGAAAAAACUAAUGACUCGGUAAAAUCUAAUCAAAGUGAUGCAGUGUCACUUUUGCAAAACGAUAAAAAAGACGAGGAAGCCAAAAAAGAAUCAAAUAUUGACGGAAAAGAUCUAGAAGAGGAGGAAGAAGAUGAUGUAGAUAUCAACAGUGAAGAAAAUAAAAAACUUAUUGACCAGAUUUUGAAUUCAAUGAAAUAUUUAGAGGAUUCUGAAGAAGAAAAAGGAGAAGGUCUUCCUGAAAUAGCUAAUAAUGAGGAGGAAUCGAUUCCACAGAUCAAAGAAAAUUCAUCAGAUAAAUUUAUCUUCCCUGACCAAGAUGUAAAUGACGAUAUUGUUACAGAUUAUAAUAUAGUUUUCGGAGAGGAAGAAUCCGAUACAAAUAAAGAGAAAACUGAUACAAAAUUGUAA